AUCACACUUCCGUUUUCAGCUAACUAGGAAGUGUUCACAAAUUAUGGAUGCUGAGAUAGACGCAGCAUCCACCUGACCCUUUUCUGUAUUGACUUGUUUCUAUACUUUGGUAGCUUUCUGGACACGUCUUGCUGAUGUAACAAUGUCGAUGUCAACAUUUCAAAAGGUUACGCUUGUGUCUUGUCUCCUGCUCUGCGUAGCUCUUCUGCUUCCGAAAAUGCUGCUAGGUGGAGGUAAAAAGGGUGCACAGAACGAGGGUCCAGGACGCUUUCCCCCCAUGUUACACCGGCAAAUGGCUCCGGACAGUAAGGGUCAGAGGACAGCUGGCUCACCCAGGGCCCACAACACAGAGGCCAUCGCCAGGGCUAAAGGUGGGGGCGGCACAGGGGUAGGAAUUGGGGGCAAGUCCAACCUGGCGGGGCAGAUCAUCCCCAUCUAUGGCUUCGGGAUCCUCCUUUACAUCCUCUACAUCCUGUUUAAGAUAACAUCAAAGGGGAAGAGUCCUAUACCAGCCGAGCCCCGACCUACCUCGAUGAGAGCAGAGAACCGAAAGAGAAAAAUAACUGAUUUUGAGCUGACUCAGCUACAGGCUAAGCUGAGAGAGACAGAGAUGGUGAUGGAAAGGAUUGUGUCCAAAGCCAGCCACAGUCCUGAAAGGGUGACAGGGGUCAGCGCCGACCAGGAGGAGAGGCUGCUGCUCCAGCUGAGAGAGAUCACCCGGGUGAUGCAGGAAGGCCGGCUGGUGGAGGGGGUUGCUCCCCCGGAGAUGGGGGCCCAAAACUGGGAAGACUUCCCAGAGGACUCCAGUCCAUGCUGGGAUGACCCAUUCUUUGGAUACGGCCAAGCCCAGGCAACAAGCACUGAGGAGCGGUCAGAGAGGACUGAUGAGUGUACGUCUUACAAGGAAGAAGGUGGGGCUUACCAGGAGGAGAGUGGGGCUUACCAGGAAGAGAGCGGGUGUGACCAGGAGGAGAGUGGGUGUGACCAGGAGGAGAGCGGGUUUGACCAGGAGGAAAGUGGGUAUGACCAGGAGGAUGUGGAUAGGAAGAUUGGGUUUAAUCAGAAGGAAAGUGUCGCUUACAAAGGGUGCAUUGACCAAAAGGAGUGCUGGGUUAACCAGGAAAAAGGUGUGGUUGAUCAGGAGGGUUGGAUUGACCAGGAAGUAGGUAUGGUUGACCAGGAAGAAGGUAUGGUUGACCAAGAGGAAGGUUGGAUUGACCAGGAAGUAGGUAUGGUUGACCAGGAAGAAGGUAUGGUUGACCAAGAGGACCGGUGGAUUGACCAGGAAGAAGGUGUGGUUAACCAGGAGGAGGGUUGGAUUGACCUAGAAGAAAGCGUGGUUGAUCAGGAGGGUUGGAUAGAUCAGGAAGUAGGUAUGGUUGACCAGGAGGAGUGUUGGAUUGACCAGGAAGAAGGUGUAGUUGAUCAGCAGGGUUGGAUUGAUCAGGAAGUAGGUAUGGUUGAUGAGGAAGAAGGUGUGGUUAACCAGGAAGAGGGUGUGGUUGAUCAGGAAGAAGGUGUGGUUGACCAGAACAAGGGUUGGAUUGAUCAGGAAGAAGGUAUAGUUGACCAGAAGGAGGGUUGGGUUGGCAAGAAAGAGGAAAUGGUUGACCAGAAGGAGGGUUGGGUUUAUAGAGAAGAUGGCAUGGUCGACAUGGCUAUGGAUGAUGCAGGCAGUGCUGAGGCAGGGGCUGAUUUUAAUACUGAUAAGGAGGAAUGUGCUGGUUUCGCCACUAGGAAUGAAGAAAAUGGAUAUAAAUGUGAUGUGGGUGGGAGUGACAAAGGUACAUACAGGGAGGAGGGUGGGGCCAAGGAAACGAUGGGUGUAGCUGAUAAUGAGAUGGGCUGUUCUGAGGAGCAAGGGGAAGAGCUGGAGUUCACACUGAAUAUAUCAUCUGUGUUGGAGCAUGAGGAAAAGGACAGCAUCAGCUUGUCAGGAAAGAUGUCCACUGGCCGUUCUCGUGUUAGAAGAAGAAGAAACAAGAAGCAGAAGAAAUAACCAAAUGAAACACUAUCAACUGACUUUUACUGACUUCCCUACAUUUCUUCCUUUACUUGGGAGAGAGUGUGGCCUAGAAACUUUUGUUUAGCUGAGCCUGUCAAGAAACAUCAGUUUCCCACCAACCUGGAUGGGCCAUGGUGUGAAGGGUCCAGUUAUCCAGUCAGUAAUAAGGGUGCUACAACAGUGUUUCCCAAUCCCGGUCCUGGGGACCCCAAAUGAUGCAAGUUUUGGUUUAAGCCCUAGCACUCACUUUUUUUACAAUAUCAUUAAGUUUUGAAUUUUAAUCUGGUGUGUAAGUGCUAGGGCAAAAAAUUUAAGCAUGUACCCCUUGGUGAAAUGUUAGUAAACCCCCUGCAAAGUUAUAAAAUAGGAUAGGAUAUGGAGUAUUCUAUAUAAAUAUUGACAGAAAAAGAUGAUUAAUUGUAACAAAUUACAUGGAAAGUUUACAUUUUGCAAAGAAAAAUGCACAUAAAGAUAACAUAAAUGUAAUUUGAUAGUGUGGAUAAGGUAGGUAUACCCAUAGCUUCAAUGGUGUUGGCCCUUUGGCUGAAAUAACUUCAUAUAGCUUUUUCUUAUAAUUGUCUAUCACUUGCUUACAUUGACCUGGAGGAAUUUUGCCCAAUCAGUACUACUUCAACUGUGUCAUGUUCGAGUGCUUCAUUGCACGGCCCACUUUAAAUCCUCCCACAGCAUUUCCAUAAGAUUCAGAUCUGUGUUUAGAACCGGCAAUUUCAUUUUUUGUCAUUCUGUUGUAGCUCUGUUUAUGUGUUUUGGAUCAUUAUCUUGUUAAGCUUGAUUCAGCUUUAGCUUUUUGGCAGAUGGCUGCUAUGAGGUUAUUUUCAUUUGGUAUGAGGUUCCUCAGGUCAGACACAGUGUUAAAGUUUUGCCAAACAUGGCAUCUGGCAUUGGAGUCAAGUAACAUAUUUGACUCAUCUGUCCAGAGCACAUUGACCAGAAAGGUUUGGUUUUGGUCUUUACCCAGGUGUUGUCUGGCCAACAUUUGUCAUGUAUAGAUAUUUUCUUCCUUCCUGACCUUGCAUGCAAGCUAGGUUUGCGUGGUCUCCGCCAGUUGACCCAGACUCAUGGGCAUCGAUCAUUUUUCUGAGGGUCUUGGAAAAGACCCUCACAACCAUAUUGUUUCUGAUUCUAAUUUUAGUGAUUUAAAGUGAUCGUAAAGUUAGUGAUGUACUUUUUCUGCAUAAGGAAAUUCCAUUUCUGUUUAUUUUACUUGCAUACAUUGUGUAAUUUUUUUGGGUAACCUUUGUCAGUGAAUAUGUCGGUAAUUAGCUCAGAUAUCCAUGUGUCCAAAUAUGUAAAAAAGCAAAAAGGCAGCUUUCCUAGGGUUGUACUUUAAAAGCUGCACCCAUAACAGCUAGUAUCCCCUUCUCACUCGCUAAGGUACAGUCAGAAUGAAGAGUGAUACCUGCAGUAUUGUAGCAAUCUUUAUCUCAUAACAGCAUAAAUGUACAUUUAUUCCAAUUGUAUGUACUUUCCUCUCUACAACUAUAUUGACCUUCAACUAGAGGAUGAUGGGAAAAAUUUUCAGCCUGCUAUUUGUUUGGGACAGAGGUGUGUAUGUAAGUAUGCCUAAUUCUGACCUUGAAUAUAUUUCCCAAUGAUUCCAUCCCACUAUAAGUGAGGAAACCAAAAAACAGGUUCAACCUGGAAUGCUGGUUCCAUGUUGAAAUAAUAGCAUUCUUCAAUAACUAAUUUAUAAAUGAAUAAGAGCUAGGUAAAGUUUCUUAUAUUAAUGUGUGAAUGAUGGAGAUUGUGAAACUAGACACUGAAACCAUAUCAGCAUGACAAGGUAAGCCCUUGUAUGUCCCUCAGCCUUGGAAUACUAUGCCAUUUUGCUGAGUCUGUAUUGUAUGUACUUACAUUUGGAGACCCAAAUGGCCUAAUAUUAUGUGUAUGUGUGUAUAUAUAGGAUUUUAAUUGUUCAAUUCUAGUUUUAAAGUUUCUCAUUUCACAAUAUUUUAUUUAUAGAUCUUGAAUAUGGCAACUUUCAGGAUGACUUCACUCAAUGUCUUUUAUAUUCAUUAAUUUAUUUGGUGGCUGAACUCUCUGAAAAUAGUUUGGUUUAUGAUUUGUAAACACUUAAACACUAAGAAGAGUGGACCCAUUUGAAUCAAGGGGAAGGAAAAUUAUCUACAACUAAUCUGUUGCAUAUCUAUUACGAUUAUUCUGCUAACUCCAUGGAUGUGAUGAAGGAUCGAGACCACCUAUGGAAUUCUCCCUCAUACACAUAUCAAUUCACUUGCUGGUGUAAUCAAAUGUCACUGCUAUGGAAUAUCACUAAAAUAAAAAUCUGGUUUGACAACAA